AUGGGCUCUUUGUGGAAAAUCAUUCCCCUCGCAGUGCUUCUUACGCUAAAGGCACACACACUUCCAACAGAAUAUGGUGGGGAUGCAGAUGCGGGUGAAUUACAGGAGGACAUUCUUGAAAUAAAUUUAGAAUCUCAAAGAGAUUUGUUCGAGGGAGAUAUUGUUGGAGAUCCACGAAGGAAUGCCAUAUUGGAUGAAACAAAAAGAUGGAUUUUCCCCAUUCCAUACAUCCUGACAGAUAGUUUGGAUCUCAAUGCCAAAGGAGUUAUCCUUCAAACAUUUGAAAUGUAUCGUCUCAAGUCUUGUGUGGACUUUAAGCCCUAUGAAGGAGAAAGUACCUAUAUUUCAUUCACCAAGCUGGACGGAUGUUGGUCAUUUGUGGGAGACUUAAAAACAGGCCAGAAUGUCUCCAUAGGAGAAAGAUGUGACACCAAGGCCAUUGUAGAACAUGAGCUUCUCCACGCACUGGGUUUCUACCACGAGCAGUCACGUUCAGACAGGGAUGACUAUGUUAAAAUCUGGUGGGACCAAAUAAUUCCAGGAAAGGAGCACAAUUUCAAUAAGUACGAGGAUGAUUUUAUAACAGAUUUGAACACACCCUAUGACUACGAGUCCAUCAUGCACUACAGACCUUUGUCUUUCAACAAGGAGCCUGACAUUCCCACCAUAACCACCACCAUCCCUUCCUUCAAUAAUGUGAUCGGACAGCGCUUAGACUUCAGCACCCUUGAUCUGGAAAGACUUAACCGAAUGUAUGACUGCGCCGCAACACACACUCUUCUGGACCAGUGCGCCUUUGAACAGAUCAACAUCUGUGGAAUGAUUCAGUAUGAAGACGACGAUGCUGACUGGGUCCAGACUUUAGGUUCUGCAGAUGUUAAAGAUCACACUCUUGGAGGAAAAUGCAGAGAUGCAGGAUACUAUAUGACGUUUGACACUGCCAACAAACCGGUGGGCCACAGUGCUCUGUUAGAGUCACGAAUUCUUUAUCCCAAGAGGAACCAACAAUGCCUUGAGUUCUUCUACAGGAUGAGUGGAGGUCCUGAAGACCAGCUCGCUAUUUGGGUUAGAAUGGACGAUGGAACCAGCUCUGUUCGCAAAGUCAGCAAAGUUCACACUAUCAGAGGGGAUGAUGAUGAAUCGUGGAAGAUUGCAAAUGUCAAUCUGAAUGUUGAGGAAAAGUUCAGAUACUUCUUCCAGGGUAUUGCAGGGUCUACCAAAUCAUCAGGCGGGAUCUACAUCGAUGAUAUUACUCUGACUGAGACGUCGUGCCCAAACGCUGUCUGGAAGGUCCAGAACUUCACCAACCUGCUAUAUAUUACUCCACAUGGUGAUGGAAUUAAGAGUGAUCCUUUUCAUAACUCUGAGGGUUAUUCUUAUGGAAUUACCGUUUAUCCGAAUGGAAGGUUACAGUCUUCUAAGGAGUUUGUCGGGAUCACUUUUCACCUCAUCAGUGGUGAGAAUGAUGCAGUUUUAGAAUGGCCAGCAAUGAACCGGCAGGUCACAAUCACAACUAUGGAUCAGAAUCCAGACGCAUUGCUGCAAAUGUCUAACAGCAGAAGUUUCACCACUGAUGAUGGCACAUGGUGGAGGAAACCCUCUACUGUUGGAGAAUGGGAUGUAAACUGCAAUUGCUUCAGAGGACCAGAGUUUGGAUGGAGCACUUUCAUCUCCCAUGAUCAUCUCCGUAGACGAGACUUCCUCAAGAAUGAUAACCUAAUCAUCACAGCUAAUUUUGACGAUUUGACGCAUCUUAUAAAAUCAGAAGUUCCAGUCAAGCCCACACUUUCCACCCAGACUACAGAAGAAAACUUUGGGAGCCCAAAAGUUCGUAAGCCACGUGCCAUCAGUGACCCAUGUCAGCCCAACCCUUGUCGUAAUGGAGGACUAUGUGUCAGUAACCAGGGGAAGGCAACAUGCAGGUGUACCUCUGGACAAGCUAUUGUGUACACAGGGGAUACCUGUGAGAGGCCGCACGUUGAUGGAGGAAUUCUGGGCGUUCUGAUCGGUGGCGUGGCAGGCAUGGUAGUGCUUACCGUUGCCAUCAUUGCUGUGAUCUACAGACAGCAACAAACCUUAUAA